UGAAUGAAUCCUCGCUGGAUAUAAAUACACCACAUACAGGUACAGAGUAAAUAAAACUGAAAAAACCUGAGGUGACAGAACCAGUUGGCAUGUUUAUGGGUCCUGGCAUAUCUCAGGCUCCAUCUCUCCUGCUUUAUCACACCGCUCACCCAAUCUCACCGUCUCUCGCUCUUAACCCCGGAUUACCGCCCGCAAGAGAGAUCACAACACCCAAUCACAGACCACGGGACGGAUUAAGAGCCAGAGAGACAAUCUCUCACGAGGGAUUCUUAGAAAAAUUUGUAAAGAACAGUCGGGAAAUUCAUAGUUAGACAGUGGGCAGAGGGGAAAAAAGAGAGGGAGGGUUGCCAAACAGCGGUGAGAGAGAGAGAGAGCACUUAUGCAAGAGAGGCAUCAAAGAGAAUUCAGUCAGACUGUGUUUAUACGGCUCGCUCCGUUGAUGUGGUGAAGAGUUAUAAUCCUGAAGAACAGCGGAGCGUUUCGUCUUCACCAUGCACAUCCUCCAAUCCCACUGCGUUAUCAGGUGGCUCGAUGGCCCGAAAAGGAAGAGAAAGAACAGCCAGUGUUCGGUGAAGAGCAUGUCUGGGUACAUCCCCAGCUAUCUGGAGAAGGAUGAGCCAUGUGUGGUGUGUGGGGACAAAGCGACCGGCUAUCACUACCGCUGCAUCACCUGCGAGGGCUGUAAGGGAUUCUUCAGGCGCACCAUCCAAAAGAACCUCCACCCCUCUUAUUCCUGUAAAUACGAUGGCUGCUGCAUCAUCGACAAGAUCACCCGCAACCAGUGCCAGCUGUGCCGUUUCAAGAAAUGCAUCGCCGUGGGCAUGGCCAUGGAUCUGGUUCUGGACGACUCCAAGCGUGUUGCGAAGCGGCGCUUGAUUGAGGAGAACCGCGAGAAGAGGAAGAAGGAGGAGAUGGUCAAAUCCAUGAAGAAUCGGCCAGAACCCACCAGCUCAGAGUGGGAGCUGAUCCGUAUGGUGACAGAAGCUCACCGCCACACCAAUGCACAGGGCUCUCACUGGAAACAGAAACGCAAAUUCUUGCCGGAAGACAUCGGACAGUCUCCGGUGGCCCCCACGUCAGACGGGGACAAAGUGGAUUUGGAGGCCUUCAGCGAGUUUACCAAGAUCAUUACCCCAGCCAUCACACGUGUUGUUGACUUUGCCAAAAAACUGCCCAUGUUUUCGGAGCUGCCUUGUGAGGAUCAGAUCAUCUUGCUGAAGGGCUGCUGUAUGGAGAUUAUGUCCUUACGUGCUGCAGUUCGAUAUGACCCGGAAAGCGAGACCUUGACCCUGAGCGGAGAGAUGGCUGUCAAACGAGAGCAGCUAAAGAAUGGAGGGCUGGGCGUUGUGUCUGAUGCCAUCUUUGACUUAGGCAAGAGUCUGGCGCAGUUCAACCUGGACGACACAGAGGUGGCCCUGCUGCAGGCCGUGCUGCUUAUGAGCUCAGAUCGAACAGGCUUGACGUGUGUGGAGAAGAUCGAGAAGUGCCAGGAGAUGUACCUCCUAGCGUUUGAACACUACAUCAACUAUCGCAAGCACAACAUUCCCCAUUUCUGGCCCAAGCUGCUGAUGAAGGUGACGGACCUGCGCAUGAUCGGAGCCUGCCACGCUAGCCGCUUCCUGCACAUGAAGGUGGAAUGCCCCACUGAACUCUUCCCCCCACUUUUCCUGGAGGUCUUCGAGGAUCAGGAUGUGUGACGUCCCAGCGAGCCACGGCAGGAGAAUCAGUGACGUUUUGUAACCCGUGUUCCUCUACCCGUCUCACCCCCCUCCACGCACCAAACUCACCAGCAGCAGCUGCACUGGCAGGGGUCAUCCUCAGAAAGGCUUUCAUACGGGGGUUUAAGUCGACGUUUUUUUCUUUGCUUCGAGAAGACUCAGCCCUCUCUCAUCCACUAAAUUCCCCACGCGUGGCCCUUCUGUCUCGGCAUGAUGUCUUAUACUGGUUUACCAACACCUUAGACACAGAAUAUACAUCUACACACACACACUCCUGUAAGUGUGCUUACAGAUGCAGUACUCAUGAUGAGCUUGAAUGCAUUUGUACAUGUACAGACUGCACUACUGUCACGCCACCACUGGAGGUGCCCUCUGCUAAGACUGGAUGGCAGCUGGCAUAUAGAUUCCUCCGCCAGGUCGUGAAGUGGUCAGUCAAUCUCAGCGUUCUUGUGAGAUUAACCCCCGUUAUCUCAAGCUAACACGGAUCUUCUUUAACAGACCUCAUGAUUCUUUUCGAUAUUGAGCCUGUGUGUGGAGCGGGAGGAAUUUUUUUAACCAAAUCAGGUGCUAUAUUUAAAUAAAGCUACUCAAAAUGAUUUGGGACUUUUUGAGAACACACCCCCCUCCCUUCUCUGUAGGACACGGACCGUUGAAAGCUCUCGGUCGCCAUUUUAGUGCUCAUUCAGGGGUGCCGCUCGGCAACUUUAUGUGCGGUUCAUUCUUGCCGUUGUCUGGGCUUAUUUGUGGGCUCCUCGAGCCCCUCUUUGUCCUAGGAAAGUCACGCAGAGAGAUGGAAAUCCAGGCACCCCUACACCUCCAAUCCGCACUGAUUUGUGUGUUUUACAGCUGUCGGGAGGGAGCCAGUAUUACCGUACUCCCAGACCCAGCACACACACAUACACAAAAAUGUACUAAAACACACCUCAAAACUAGAAUGCCUCAUUUUUACUGUAUGCACUGCAGUGCUGUAGUUCUGGACUCCCAUGCAGGGCUUUGAGAGUUCAGUCCAGCCCAUCUGUGUUCCGCUCAGAUGCUACUGUUGCCCAGUCUGCGCGAACACUCGCGCGCACUCCUGACGGGCUACAGCGGACUGGCUAUCGUUGAUGUUUUUUCUUUGUGUUGUUUUUGUUUUACCUCAAAUGUGGGCACACCUCUGGCUGGCUGUGGCUCCAAGACUGCCUCUGUGCUGGCAGGUUCUACCUCACCUCUGGACACAGGGCAGCUACCCUCAGCCACACACACACACACACACACACAUAUUUACACACACUUACACACACACACUCGUGUUCUCACACACUGACAGCCAGGAUAGAAACACUCGCAGACACAGUUUCUUCUCAGUUACGUUAAAAUACCACUGUAGACAGGAGGGCCUGCCAUUCCUCAUCGUAGCCUGUCAGAUUUCUCGGAGGUCUCUUCACUCUGGACUGAGAGAAAAAACAAUUCUGGAUGGGCUUUUUUUGUUUCAUGUUUUUCUUUUUGUGUGGGACCAAGUGUCACUUCGAUUUCCGACAGAACGGAAGCCAGUUUUCAGCAGACGGCAAACUAAACCGUAUAUGCCGCUGACUACGAAGAGGAGGCGUGGAGAGAACUACAGAUGAAGGACCCGAUGUGGCCAGGCCUGAACCAAAUGGGUUUUUCAAUACCAAGCAGUAAUUCGCAAACGGAACUAGGGGUUGGCUGGUUUCUUCAGGGUGGGGCAGAGGACAAGGGGAAGCUAGCAGUUGAAUGAGAGCACUUAGCUUUGGAAGAGCCAAAUCUUCAGAGGCGAUUGAACCCCUGGCACCUACUAAGGAGUUUUUGCACUAAGGCAUGAUGGGUCCCACCCUCCAGCUCCUCCAGCUCAGUCGCAUGUUUUCCAAGGACACGCCCCCAACCUCUCUGUCAAACAGAGGCCACACCUUCAUGUGCUCCUGAGCACACCCUCAGAGUCAGUAUUAAGUCGAGCAACGUCCCGGUCGUGUUCUUUCUCAACAAAUGACGAAACACUUCAAAUCAUGAACAGACCUCUGUGUCCCCGCCCCCUCGAAGCCAGAAGUGGCUUGAGAUGAACACCCGACAGAAACGGGCCUGUCCUUUGUGAGACAAAGGAGCGGCCAAGCCAUGCAAAGAAUGGCAGCACCGAGUGAAUGUGAACGAGGAGCAGCAGAAUGAAAGAGCCAGGACGAGGAGGCGCUCUAUAAUGAGGUUGCAAAGGAAGGCAGCCAAUCAGAACGAGAGGAACUGUCAGCGUUCCGUAAACACCCAGCAUGGAAUUCCAUCUUGGAACAGGAGCGGUGCAGCGGCGGAUCCGAAUGGCUGAUGGAGUGAACGCAAGGGUUUCGAUGCUGCUUUACCUUCUAAUUUUAUUUGAGAGAGAUAGAAAAAAAUAAGAUAUAAUAAAAGAAUUACAAACCCAGAAAACAAAUAAAAAAAUGACUCCAGAACAAAGAGUUCAAAUCUCGGAGCUUGAGCUGUUCGUUUCUUUCUUUUUGUUUUGAACUGAAAUGUGUGUGUUCGUUUUCGAUGCUUAACUGCUCUAUGUAAGAGAGAAAAACAACAGCCGUAGUCACUUUUUGACCAUGCGUGCAGUGUAAACUAGAGAAUUUCACCUCUUUUUCACCUCACUAUAGUUUGUAAUGAUAAGUCGACUGCUCUGUUUGUCUGUGUAUCUGUCCUUCGUCUUUUUAUCAAGAGGAAUUUACAAGAAACAGGAAUAUUUUCUUUUUUAUAUUUUGUUUUCUUUUUUUAUGAAAGAAGACUUAGAAAAAACCAUGAGAAAUAAUGCAACAGAAACUGAAGAGAAAAAAAAAACUGAAACACAAUCUACUCAUACCUCACACAACACAAAGCUUAAAUGAACUUGAGAGGAGUGCUUAUCUGCGUGGCACUUGUCAAAGUGCGUCCAGUGCAUGUGUUGAACUGUACGAUGGGGUGUAUGUGCGCAUGAGCGUCGUGCGAUCGCGGAAGCACACGGCCCCCUACUUCGGCCUCGAAAGCCCAUCUGUUUCAGAUUUGCACCAGUUGCAUGCAUUUGCGAACGGUGUCGCCUGCGCUGAUGUGACGGGCCUUGAUGGGAGCGGACGGGAUGCGGUGUGGCUGGAAGGCUGGAAAGGGAGUCGCGUGCAUCCGUGACAGCAGAGAGCGCUUCAUGGUAUUGAAUGUAGCUGACAGGACUGGGCUGGAACCGAGCCCGGGAACUAGAACCUCACUUCAGGUCACCAGCAAGAGUGGACAGUGCUGUCAAAAUGAUGUUACACAAACAGCUUACUAAGCGUAUAUUGCCCGCCUUCAAGGUGCAAUACUUGUGUUUUGUUUUGUUUCGUUCUUCUUUUUUGUACUUUACUUUUUUUGGCCAUAACCAAGGAUGUAAAUACAAAACGAAAAGAUAUUGAAAGAUUAAAUCACUAUGUGUUAACCAUAUGCAACCGUCACAUACUGGAUGUCAAGGCCAGAUUGCGUGAGCCCGUGUGCCGGCUGAUCCCACCAUUUUUGUAAAGUAAAUCUGCUUACGUAGCUCUGUAAAUGCUUCUCACAUCUGUACGUGUGCUUUUGUGCACUCGCAAACGUGCAUGUUCGAUACAAAUAUGAAGAAGAAGUGCCCCAUGAAAUUAACAAUCCAACCCUGUGCCUCCGCAACCCUCUGCCCCGCACUCAAACCGCUCUUUCCGACAGGGUAGCUAGACGUAGGUCAGAUUGCUGGUAGAGACGUAGGUGGGUAUGGUACCCAGAAGCACUUAGCUGGCCUCGCUACUGCCAAUCAGUUUCCUCAGAGAACAGUAGAUAUUGGUUUUGUUUGCUUUGGUGGUGGUUUAGUUUUGUUUCUCGCCCUUUUUUACCAAAUUUUGUGUACUAUCUCUUUUUUUUCUGUAGAGGACGACAAAAAUCGCCCAGAAGCAAGAAUGUCUAUGCAAUGCUAAACCCUCUGAUAGCAUGAUGACUGUGUCAUUGAGCCCUGAUUAGCGGACAUGUCUCUUUCUGAACACUCCCCCUCCCAAAGUCCCACCCACCGCAAUUGCAUGAGCCUCAGUCAGUUUGUCUGUUCAUCAGUCAGUGUCAUAGUCAAGGCAAGGAUGGCCCUAACUGCUGCCUGAGACCUGCUUUGUCAAACCUCACAAACAUUUGAGGCCACUAGUUCAACUUUCCACCAACGAUGUCAUCCGCUGUCGAGAGACUGCAUUUGUGUUUCUAUGUAUGUGUUUGCGUCGAAUGCUCUCAUGGUUCGGUGGAUUGGUACUACCUUUUUAGAAACAAAACUGCAUUUCAUACAUUGAGAAUGAAAAUAUCAUUAAUAUCCUUUUGUCCCUCUCAGCUGUGGUAUCUCAAAGUCAGUCAGUUUUAAAGCUGAAGUGUGUUUAGUUAUUAAUAUUCAAAAUCAAGUGGUUUAAUGUUAAAUUGCAGAGAGAUUACUAUAAGUAAGCCAUUUCUAGGCUGAUUUCACCAAAAAGUGUAAACACUGUGUCUCUGAGGCAUUUUCAAAACAUUUCACUGGCCCGGCAACAACUCAGCCAAUGGCGUGAGUUUGAGGCGGGGCUGUCAGCUUUAUCCAGCCAAUAGCAGAGGAGAGGAGUGUUUUGGAAACCUGCAGUUUCAUUUAAUGACACUAGUGGCACACAAAUCACACUUCAGCUUUAAUACAGUUUGCGAAUCCCCAACUGAACGAAAGAAGCGCAGUAUUUUUGAACAUUUAAAUUUAAUUGGCCGCCCUCAGCACUGUGAUGUCACCGCCCUCAUUUUCGCUGUCCUUUGAAGUUGAAUGUGAGUAUCUUCAUAUGAUUAGACCGUGCUUGUGAGUAUGUAAGAAGUGCUCAUGUGCAAAAUGCACCCAGCCAUGAGAGUGUGAGCAGAGAGCGGGGAUGAUGUCCAUACCACAGCUGUUUUAAAUGAGACUGGAAAGGAAAGCUAUUGAAGGAUUCUCUCAGGUAUCAACAAAAUAAAAAAAAGACAAAAAAAGGAAAUAUAACAAACGUUUUUUUAAAUAAAUGUUGAAAAAUUCCAGCCAUGCCUUCUUGUUAGCUCAUCAUUCUUUGCUCUCUGAGUUGAAGAUGUGCUUUCGGUGUUCUUGUCCUGUGGUCUUCUUUUCUUAAGUCUUCAUCAGUCUCUCUUUCUGCCACAUACACACACAUUUCUCCUGCACUCUUGGGGCUGCUUCAAAGGGAAGAUUGUGAAAACCCUGGUGAGAACACAUGUAUGCUUAUCUAAACAUUAAGGCAGCAAGCCUUCAUAUUUCUGCAAAACAUAGUUUUGAUAUACAAGCAUGCAGUGGGUCCAGACCCAGUCAAACCUGUCCUACUUAAAGGUGCACUCAGUAUUUAUAUUUUUCUGAAGCGCUUAUGUAACAUCCAUGUUGAAUGCAUACUGACACCUAGUGGUGUGGAUGAAAUGUAAUGCUUAUAUUUUAACGACAGAUACUGUCAGAAUGCGCUAUUUGCUGUCAGACAUUAAUUUAUUCUGUGAAUGAAUGUUUUCGACAACAGGUUGAUUUAAGGGAUAGUUUAUCUAAAAAUGAAAAUUCUGUUGUUACUUACUCACCUUUAUGUCGUUCCAAACCUAUACGUUUUUUGUUCAACUUUGGAACACAAAUUAAGAUCAGAGAGUUUUCUGACACUACAUAGACCAGGGGAUUUCAAACUGGGUUCUGUGACGCAAAGCCAGGAGGUCUGCAAAAUUAUUUCCAAAUAGGCAGUAUCUUCAUUUUUAGGAGGAGUUUCACAAAGGCUGAGAUGGCAAGCGCAUUUUGUGUUCUUUAUUUUACAAAAGUACAACGUUUCACUGUUAUUUUGAAGUUACACAAAUUUUAAAUGAUAUCUUACUUUUAACUGAAGGAUAUUUUUUUUUCCACUGAUAUUAGGAAUCCAAGUGUUCACGCCGGCGCCUCCCGCACACAUAUCGGUUCUAGCAUUGUAAACUUGAUAUAUAAACUUGUACACUUUGAGACAACUAAACAUUCAAAAGGUAUUUGGUUGACUCAGUUUAACUUGUACAUUAUGUAGGUUUUGCCAGUCAGUUGUGAGCACUGCAAUGCUGUGGUGUUUUUCCAAACACUUUUUUUAGCGUAUGUAAAGGAUGCUGUUUUAAGCAGAUAUUCGUACACAAAAGAACCACACUAGCGUCUAAACAGUUUAAUAAUGAAAAUAAUUCAUGCUGAAUGAGAGGUUCACUUUUAAAUAGCUUGUAAAUGCCUAUGCGCAUUUUACUUUCACUUUCACUUUCUAAUUAGCAACAGUUCUGUCAGUUGAUUGAAUUGACAACAACAAAACCGUGACACCUCUGUGUAGUAGGCCUAUAGAACCGAACCCUGACUUUCUGAACCAUUACACCCCUAAUAUAUUUAUGUUCUGCUUUGAAUGCCACUAAAUUAAAAUGAUUCGGAGGGAGAGGAAAUAAAAUACACAUUAGUGUUUGUCUAGUUUCCUAACGUUUGUUUUAUUUAGGCCUAUUAGUAUUUACAUUAUAGGAAAAUGCGAUUUACAUGCGAUUUGUGUUUUUUCCCCCUGACCUGGUGCAACUUUUCGGAAAAUAUGGCAAAUUUAAUUAUAUUAUGCUGGAAAAGAACAUAUACAAUGGGGACCAUUUACACAAUCAUACUAUGUAUAUUAUUCCCACCCACAAUAAACUUUAGCCUUAAACGCUGUUAUAACUUUGAGGGUGUCCUUGGAAAAUCCUCUCCCCUAAAAGGGGUCCCUGGCUCCAAAAAGUUUGAAAACCCCUGGCAUAGACUAUUUUAUAGGACUAUAGGACUAUAAACAUGUGCUUACUACCUUUCUGGGACUUCAACGUGUCAGUUGCGUUGCUGUCUAUAGAUGGUCAGAAAGCUCUAAUUUCAUUAAAAAGAUUUUCAUUUGUGUUAGGUCAUAUGGGUUUGGAAUGACAUGAGGGUGAGUAAUUAAUGACAGAAUUUUCAUAUUUGGGUGAACUAUUCCUUUAACAACACAAAGUGAAUAGCAUUCAGUAGGUCAUAUCUUUUCAAAAUGGCUUUAAUGAUACAUGUACACUGAUUUAAACAAAUUUCAUAUACUUCUGUAUAAAAGUGUUCUUUUUAUAAUCAUGAAAAAGUGCACCUUUAAAAUAUCUGAACAAAUUACAAGUACGCAAUACAUUCAAAUGGGAGUGAAACAUGACAAUACUUUUCAAAAAAAAAAAAAAUUCUCAUCACCUGUUUCCAUAAAAGUGAAAAGUGACUAACCUUACAUGAAAAAGGAGAUGUUUAAUCAUGUGAUGACCAUCAUUUUUUGCUGACAUUUGUGUUAUUGGUUUGGAAUUGUGCUUGUGUUUUCUGUGUGCAUGCUCUUGUGCUGUGAAUAUAUGUCUGCUGGUGGAUGUGAGUGAGUUUGUGUUUUUUUUGUGCUUUUUGUAUUGACCACGCGGCUGGAUUUGCUGACCCCUUGGACACGCUUUGAGGCUCUAUUGAUGCAGUAAAGAAUCAAAUAUUUGAAAUUAAUAUUUUCUCAAGGAACAUAGCAGUUCACAUUGAGUAUAUGGUGUCAAGUGGGGAAGUGGAGAAUAGCAGAAAGGGAAAUGAGGUCAAUAAUUUGUUUUUAGGUCUAUCUUUAAAUAGAAUCACUAAUGAUUUUCCUGUUGCUAAUGAAGAACUAUUCCACCUUUUUUUUUUUU